CAGCAGCAAUGGACCGAAGUCCCAACGGGAUGCAGUGCCACGGCACUGGACCUAGAGGGCGCGAAUAGGCUGCUGCCUGUGCGCCACUGCGGGGUAAGAGCGACCUGUCCUGGUGGUUUCCAGGUGGCGGGGUUGCCCAUGGGGGGCCUAGCCUUCUGGAUAUGCUGGUGCCAGCAACCGAGGCAUGUGCACAUGUGUCGCUGCCACACUUCAGCUGGGAGGGGCUAGAGAGUUCGAGGCAUGUUCCCGUCCUGUCGUUGCCGAGUUUCUCCUCUUCAUCAAAUUUCAACAAAUACUUCAUAGGAACCAGACGUGUUGUGUACCUUGACCUCUGAAACCAAAGUCCUUUUGCCGUUGAGGCGCUACAUCUGAUGGCGACAACUGGAUUAGUCGAACGCGCAACUGGGGCCGUGACAGCAGCCGUUACACUUCCGAUUAAAGUGGUCGGCAAGGUAGCCACCGAGCCCAUUUUGACUGGAUCAGUCCUCCUUGCGCUCACCCGAGCACCUGAGAAAUAUCGCGGUCCUCUUCUGCGAUACCUGCAUAGCAAAGGAGUAUCGACCGCGCAGAUUGCGCUACUCAUCAAGAGCCUGAAGUACUUACUAGCCAUUGGCGUGCUCCGUAAACUCAAUGCCGCCCUCAAUCUCCUCGCCGUGAACCGCUGGCGGCUCAGCAAACCUGGAACUCCGUUCGACUUCGACGCAACAAGCAAGCCCGAGCUGAUCGUGGUGACGGGAGGCUGCAGCGGCUUUGGCUAUGAGAUGGUGAAAGAAUUCAGCAAGCACGCAAGGGUGAUCAUCCUGGAUGUCAGCCCCGUGCCAGCGGAGCUUGAAAAAAUUCCCGGAGUGCACUACUACCAGCUGGAUGUGACAGAUUUUGCCGCCAUCGAGUCGACGGCUGAGCAGAUCCGAAAAGAACAUGGAGAUCCGACGGUGCUGAUCAAUAAUGCUGGCGUUGCGUCCGGAACCAAAAUCAUCGACAGUGACGCGCAAAAGACGGAUAGAAUCUUCAAAGUGAACCUCGCGUCACACUUCAUCCUGAUCAAGCAGUUCCUACCCGGCAUGCUCAAAGCCAAGAAAGGUCACAUCGUCACCGUUGCGUCCAUGGCGAGUUAUUACCCCAGUCCUGGACUGGUGGACUAUUGCUGCACAAAGGUUGGAGCAUUGUAUCUACAUGAAGGCCUUCGCUCAGAAUUGCGCGACUAUUAUGAGAAUGGCGACUGUAUCCAGCUCACAUCAGUGCAUCCGAGUUGGCAUAGCACAGGAAUUAUCAAAGAUUACGAGGAUAAGCUCCGGAAGUUCGGAGUCCAAAUCGACCCAGCGUCCAAUGUCAGCAACGCGAUCGUCGAGCAAGUCCUGGCUGGCCGGAGUGGUCAAAUAUACAUGCCGAGGAGUGAGGUAGGGAAUACUGGAGUGAGGAACUACCCCCUCUGGGUGCAGGAUUUCGCGGCAUAUGUACGCCGGAAGCGAGCGAAGUUUGAAUUCUGAGGAGGAUAAGAUGCGGAACCAUGCAGGGAGCCCCGGGCUUGCUCAUUCAGCCUCGUCGGGUUGGUUGGACAGUUUUUCCGAUUGGAGGGCCGUACUAUAUGAGCCAUCAGCAAUAUCCUUAACUGAUUCUCUCCGUGUCAUGGUACCUAUUCGGGCCCUGAUGUGAUACUAUAUGUCUUCUAGCAAUAAAUAACGACAAUUCUUACCACUGGAGUAACUCGAUAGUCAAU